AUGGCAGAUGCGAUCAAGAGUCAAGUUGGGUCGUUUCCUCCUGGGAAAAAGAUAACGGUUGUGUUUGUACUAGGCGGCCCAGGCAGUGGCAAGGGCACUCAGUGUUCCAACAUUGUCAAACAGUUUGGCUUCACCCAUCUGAGCGCUGGCGACCUUCUGCGUGAAGAAGCUAAAUCCGAUACUGAACAAGGUACGAUGGUAAAGAAUCUGAUGCAUGAAGGAAAACUUGUGCCGCCCGAGCUCAUCGUCAAGCUUCUGCUGAAGGCCAUGCUUCAGAGUGGAAAUGAUAAGUUCCUUGUCGAUGGAUUUCCUCGAAACGAAGAGAACCGCCAAGCAUAUGAGAGUGUUAUUGGGAUUGAGCCCGAGUUCGUUCUGUUCAUCGACUGCCCAAAGGAAGAGUUGGAGCGGCGCAUUCUACACCGGAAUCAGGGAAGAGAUGACGACAACAUCGACACUAUUAGGAAACGGUUCGAACUUUUCCAGGAGUCAACUCUACCUGUUGUUCAGUACUAUGAGAAAAGGGGAAAGCUUCGAAAGGUCGAUGGCGCCAAAUCCCCUGAUGCAGUUUUUGAAGAUGUGAAGGCCAUAUUCGCUCAACUGAACACUCAGGCAAACCAAGGUAGCAGUGUGAGCAGCAGAGUACAGAGCAAUCCACUGAAGCGUUUCGUCGACCUGGUCUGUGAUCAUGGACGCGGACUCCUGGAUUGCCGCCUGCUUUGGGAGUCGCGCGUCGCUGGCCGCCCAGGGUUCCUAGCAGGCGUUACCGGCAAGCUUCUUUAG